AUGGAGCAUCGCCGUCUCUUCCUCGUCUUGGCCUUGCUCCUGCUCUCCGUGUCGCUGCUUCCCCUCGCUUCCUCUCGAGUAUUUCCACCGCGGGCUAAAGAUCCCCCGAGGGCUAAAGGUCCCCCGAAAUUCCCAAAGCAACUCGACUGCAGCAAGACGUCGUGGCCUGAGGAUUAUGCUGCUGCUGCUGCUGCUGCUGCUGCUGCUGCUGCUGCUGCUGCUGCUGCUGCUGCUGCUGCUGCUGCUGCUGCUGCUGCUGCUGCUGCUUCUGCUGCUGCUGCUGCUGCUGCUGCUGCUGCUGCUGCUGCUGCUGCUGCUGCUGCUGCUGCUGCUGCUGCUGCUGCAGGGGAAGUGGAAUGA